UCGGGCACGCCCACUCCUGUCCGUCCUCGAGCUUGGUCUCGUGAUAGCUCCCAGAUACCGUAGUCAGCUGUUAGCACGUAGCACCUCCAACUUCUCGUUUAAAAAAAAACAAAAAGUCAUGUUAUUCACCUAGAAAACAUUUGCGAAAUAAUCUCAGCGAACAUUAAAGAUGUUGUCUCGUCUACUGAAGGAGCACCAGGCGAAGCAAAAUGAGAGAAAGGAGCUGCAAGAGAGACGCAGGCGUGAGGCUAUCUCUGCAGCCACCUGUCUGACAGAAGCCCUGGUGGACCACCUCAAUGUUGGAGUUGCUCAGGCAUACGUAAACCAGCGCAAGCUUGAUCACGAGGUGAAGACUCUCCAAGUGCAGGCGAGCCAAUUCUCCAAACAAACUGCUCAGUGGAUCAGUAUGGUGGAGGGUUUCAAUCAGGCCCUGAAGGAAAUUGGGGAUGUGGAGAACUGGGCCCGCAGUAUUGAGAUGGACAUGAGAACGAUUGCCACAGCUCUAGAGUACGUGCACAAGGGUCAACUUCAAUCUGCUUCCUCAUAAAGUUCAUGGUGGGAUGUUUGCAGUUGAGACUAAAGACACUGGGACUCCUAUCAGCAAAGAUGCAAGCAGCAAUGACUUGGCUCAUCUGCAUGCCUCUCUGAGCAGGCUAAUGCUGAUGGCUACUUUGAGAAGACAAUUAAUUUAAUGCUUAAGUUGUUAAGCUGGAGUGUAAAAUGAAAUGUGUCCAACGUCUGUUUAGUAGUGACUACAUAACAUUUCAGUAAUUUAAUUACUGAGUAAAAAAAAUGAGAAGUCGGUAUGUUUUUAUUUCUUUUCUUGUUUUUGUUUUUUUUUCUUGGGAGGCGUUACAUGUAACAAGUUAGUUCACUUGCUUGUAAUAGUUUUAAGAGCCACCUGUCUUCUUGUUUGUAAUGUCUCCUAAAAUGAUUUUUUUAGAAAGGCUUCACUGUACGCCUGUGCACAGUGAUGACUACCGUUUUUGCCAGACAACUUGACUUGAAAUGUUGUUGCCAUUCAGUGAUGUAACAUUGUUUAUAAUAGUUAAAACACAGACUGGUGUUUUGUUUUUGUUUUUUUAAAUAUACACAUGGUUUCAUAAUGGCUAUUAUCUGAAAAUAAAUAAAUAAAU